AUGGACUCAUUGGUGCCGUGGAACUUGAGAGCGGAGGGCGUGGUCGCGACAUCUGGACGUAUCAGCGUCUGGUCCGUCGGCAGCGCUAUCGCCGGUCCUUAUCGUUUGGCCCCUAAGUCUGGGUCUUACGCCGGACCUUUUGUCAAAGACCCCAAGACUGGCGGCAAGGCCAUCAAAAUCACGACCGCUCGCGACGGCCUCUACACUGGCGCUCCCCAGCUCAACUUCGCCUACUCCCUUGACGGCUCCAAGGUCUGGUAUGAUCUCAGCAGCGUUUUUGGUGAUGCCUUCAAGGGCAAGAAGCUCGUCGAGAAAAGCGCCGACUCGACCUGCCCCGCGAUCACCUGGGCCAACGGCACUCCUCCAGCUAGCAGUCAGGUCAAGACCUGCACGUCUGCGAAGGAUGUUACCUUGACUCUCUGUGCGUGCGCCAGGCGCGAGGACGGAUAG